AUGGACUCGUCAGGUUUACCUCCUCCUGCGCCGGGUAAGCUGGAAAUGAACGAUACAGAGACAAAGGCGUCGAGAAUUCGACAGCCAAGCCUUCCGAUUCUUGAAGAUGACGCGGACAAUUUCAUUUACGAAGAUGACGGCGAAUCAAAUGAUGAAGAUGGGAACUCAGAGUUGUGUCGAUACAUUCAAACACUCGAGAAGGAGACGCAUGAACUUGAAAACGAGAUACAGCAACUGAAAGAUCAGAAUGCCAGUCAACAGCUCAAAUUCCAAACAGCUGAACGCCGUAUCGAGAUGUUAGAGGCCUCUCUCAAAGAUGCGAUUAAUACCGGCGAUGCCUUCCGACAAGAAAAAGACGUGGUGCUAGCAGUGCAAGCUAGUGAGCGCGAGAGGAUGGCCUCAUUCGUGGCGUUGCUCGAGGAAGCACAGAAUCGAUACGAAGACGCAGAACGUGCUCGUCAAAGCGCCAUUUUCAAGCUCAGCUCUCUACAGGCAACACGAGCUGACGCCACGAGCCAAAGCCUACUUCCACCGGUACCCAAGGCCAUCUCAACUCCACGAAAUUCGACAUCCAGCGUGAUUUUAAAUGGAUCACUAGACCUCGAUGAGCGAAUCGAGAAAUAUAAGCGAGACAUUGAACUGCUUCGUCAGAAGCUUGAACUAACCGAGGAACAAGCAGCUGAACGACAGAAAAUGGCGGUGUCACUUGCACUACAUGAAGCUCAACUUGACUAUUCGAACGUGGUUGAACACAUGAGAAUGGAGUGUGAAAGGCGAAUAAAUGAGUGGCGACAUGGUGAAGCUGUACGUGCCAAAGAAAAAGAGAGUGCGAUGGACGAAGAUCGCUACAGUAUCAGACUGGAGAUGAAGUACGCACUGCAACGCUCACAGAUCGACCAACGGGUUGCUUUUCUCCAAGCCCAAACCGAGUUUAAGACGGGAAAACUUAGUUCACACGGACUUGUCGAGAGCGAUUUCUCCAUUGGAACACUAGACGAAGUGCUCGUACGCUUACAGCUGGAACAAGUUCGCACACGUCGAUUUGAAGCUCUUAAGAAGGCGCUUCUCAUCCGUCAUGCAAUGCUCAACCAAGCAGCUAAGGAGCUCUUUUGUCGUUGGAGAAUUCAAGCUUCGAACACGAAGAUUCUGCGACUGAAUGCUGUGCUACACAUGUACCGCAUUGUUUUGCACUUUGAGUCACGCAAAAAGUUAAAAAGCUUUAACAAGUGGAGAGAUCAAGUCCGACAGCUACAAGCACAGAAUUUCCAAGCUCAAGCGCUUUCGUGCUGGAACCGCAUGAUCGCAGUGGAGAGAAUUAGCCAAGUUAUUCGUCAGACGACGAGAUGA